CUCGAACCAACCUCUUGCCACCUCCGAUGGCGCAGGACACGAUGCGAAAGUCGGUUGGCAGCUCUAAACGAAAAGCCACAGCCCAUGAAGACUCCGACGAUCAACCUACCCCUGCUAAGAAACCGAAAAUGACGGCCCGAAAGAGCACAGGGGGCAGGCCGCCUCAAAGGGCUGCGGUAGUAGAACCUCCCCCUAAGAAGAAACGUUUCCGACCUGGGACUGUGGCACUGCGUGAGAUCCGCAAGUACCAGAAGUCGACCGACCUCUUGCUGAGAAAGCUGCCAUUCGCUCGUCUGGUUCGGGAAAUUGCCAACGAUUUAAUGACGGACAUGAACAACAAUUAUGGUCCCGGAGCCGGAUUACGGUGGCAAAGCUCUGCUCUAAUGGCAUUGCAAGAGGCUACGGAAGCGUACCUGGUCCAUCUAUUUGAAGACGCGAAUCUUUGUGCCAUCCACGCCAAACGGGUUACGUUGAUGCAGCGAGAUAUUCAGCUAGCGCGAAGGAUACGAGGCGUCUGGGGCGGUAUGGGCUGAUCAAAAUAUUUGGUUGCGAAGAUGAUUGGUUGUGAUUAGUUGUAUUUUUGAAUCAUGUACGCCUACGCCUCUACUGCUACUCACUUGCUACAUGACCUGUGGGAGUAUCAGUAUCGCCCGAAACAGGUUCCAAGUGGGUGCAGGUCAAGGUCAUAUUAGAUCAAGAAGGCAUCACUGGAUACCUCAUAACGCAAGCGUCAAGGGCUUCCUCCAACCACUUUUGUUUUCAUUCCAGACAUCAAUAGAGCACUACUCACUGGCCUAUGAUCGUUUGCUUUUCUUUUUGGAGGAAGAGACAUUGGCAGGUUUGGAGUGGAUUUCUCCGCAGCGCUCGGAGCUUUCCCAGGAGUGACUGGAGCUUUCAGCUGGGCAGCUGGGGCUUUCGCUUCAGGGAUUGUCGUCUUCACUGGAGUCUGCACUUGAACACUCUCGAGUGUCUUGGCUCUAUGUGCUGGCGAAUAAUCCAAUAUCCAAGUCUGAACGAGACCAAACGUCGCCGAGGUCGUCCAGUAGAGAACGACACUCUGUGACGCAUAAAUCAGCAUCAUAAAACAUGCGCAGAAUGACGAACGCACUCCAGGACUGAUGGCAGCGAGAAGGAUACGCGCCACGGACAGUACGUUCAAAACGCUUUUCACGACUCUCUGGGGGCGUAUCGUCAUCUGACCACUGGCAGCGAGCUUUUGCCUGUGCUCUUCCGCCUUUCUCAGUCGUUCUCUUUGAUAUGCGCUCAUGAGCCAGUUGUUCGAUUCGACGUUGGCCAUGGUGACCAUACCCAGGAUGAUCGGCAAGGUCCAUGUCUGGUCAGGAUGAUUCAACGUCGUCAGAGUGAAGAACGCCUCAGAGUCGAAUGGUGUGGGGUCUUGAGCCAGGCGGUUGAACAUGAUACUCAUGACAACGAAGACAGGAAGUUGGCUGAGUGGGCUCACAGCCAUGGAGAGGACAGGAUGGCAUUU